AGAUAGGAGGGUGUGGGCGCAGUUUGAUGAUGUCACCCUUCAGUGUCAGUGGCUGCACAUGUUGUUAGAGGGCAGAGACAGCUGAAUAGCAGGCGUGAUGCUGCCUUUCAGAACUUUGCUCAAAUGGAGCGUUAAUAGGAACUGCUGCAGGGGGUUCGCUGUGUCACAACAGAACUACAAUAGUGUGAAAAAGGGUCUUGUCCUUGGAGUGUAUGAGAAAGAAAAGGAAGAAGAAUCGCUCACUCUGACAAAUGCAGGAGAUGCUGUUGAUAAUGCUGUUUUAGGAAAGCUGCGUGACCAGUUGGCCAGAUCAGGACCAUCUCUCAAAAAAGGCAAAUCACGAAUAUUUUAUGGGUUGCAUGAGGAUUUUCCAAGCAUUGUUGUGGUUGGCCUUGGCAAGAAAUCUGCAGGAGUCAAUCAACAUGAACUCUGGAAUGAAGCCAAGGAGAAUAUUAGAGCAGCAGUGUCAGUGGGCUGCAGGCAGAUGCAAGAUAUGGAGAUUGUGCAGGUAGAAGUGGACCCAUGUGGAGAUGCCCAGGCUGCAGCUGAAGGGGCUGUCCUUGGACUGUUUGAAUACAAUGAGAUGAAGAAGAAAAAAAAGAAAGCAGUUACCACUCAUCUUCAUGGAAGCGAGAUCACUGCCUGGGAGAAGGGAGUGCUGUACGCUGAGGGGCAAAACCUGGCUCGCCAUUUGAUGGAAGCGCCGGCCAAUUACAUUACACCUACAAAAUUUGCAGAGACAUUUGAACAGAGGUUGGCGAAUAUGGGCAGUAAUGUUAAGGUGUUUACCAGAUCAAAACAGUGGAUAGAAGAACAACAAAUGGGGGCAUUCCUAAGUGUGGCCAAAGGGUCUGAAGAGCCCCCGGUCUUCCUGGAAAUUCAUUACAGCGGCAGCUCUGAUGCAAGCCAGCCUCCUCUAGUAUUUGUUGGAAAAGGAGUGACAUUUGACAGUGGUGGAAUUUCUCUGAAACCUUCUUCAGGCAUGGAUGCAAUGAGAGGCGAUAUGGGGGGAGCUGCUACAGUUUGUUCUGCCAUCACGACUGCUGCAAAGCUAAAGUUACCUAUCAAUAUUAUCAGUCUAGCUCCAUUGUGUGAAAAUAUGCCAAAUGGACGAGCAAAUAAACCCGGUGAUGUGGUCAAGGCCAAGAAUGGAAAAACAAUUCAGGUUGAUAAUACUGAUGCAGAAGGAAGGCUUCUUUUAGCUGAUGCUCUCUGCUACGCACACAGUUUUAAUCCUCGGGCAAUCGUUAAUGCUGCAACAUUAACAGGUGCAAUGGAUGUCGCAUUAGGAUCUGCUGCAGCUGGAGUAUUCACAAACUCUUCCUGGCUUUGGACUCACCUUCAGGAAGCCAGCGUUGUUACCGGAGACCGUGUAUGGAGAAUGCCACUGUUUGAGCACUACAGCAAACAAGUGACUGAAUCAGCUCUUGCUGACCUGAACAAUAUUGGAAAAUACAGCAGAUCGGGAGGAGCCUGCACAGCUGCCGCCUUCCUGAAAGAGUUUGUAACUGCACCUCACUGGGCUCAUCUGGACAUUGCCGGCGUGAUGUCAAAUAAGGAUGAGGUGCCGUACCUUCGCAAAGGCAUGUCCGGCCGCCCCACGAGGACAUUAAUAGAGUUUGCUGCCCGUCUCAGUGAAGACAAACAAACUAUUUAAUGAAACAUCUCUGUUUUAUCUUGAAACCACACAGAAUUAUUUCUAUUAUUAAAUUUGCCAGAAAACCUGAAAGAAGCAUAAUGAAUAUUAAUGUUAAGACUUUUUUGUAGAGUUGCUUGUAUGUAUCAUGGAACAAAUUUUCACAUACUGUAUCUCUUAUUUUGUGUACUAAAAUUAACAAACAAAAUAAGCUAAACAAACUGAGCUUGCAGUUCUUGGGUACCAAAUACUGGGGUUAUUAUCCAUGUCCUACAGUGAUUUUAAUGGCACUCCCAGCAAUAGCAGGGACUGCUUCCUCUAUAGUUAUGCCCCUGUUUUAGGAUGCAUUUCACUUUUAUUCCCCUGACUCUACUGUACAAAACACACACACACAGCAGACUCCCUAGUUAUAGUUGUAGGACCAUGUUAAUUGAGCUUUAUAU